AUGUCAGAUCCAAUAAUUCAACAAAUUAAUUCUCUUUUACAAGAGCAACAAGUACGAUAUUCAAAUGAAAUUAAAGAAUUAAAAGAAAUAAUUAAAAAAAAGGAUGAAAUUUUAAACAACAAUACAACAUCAACAUCAGUGGCCAAAUUAACCAAGGUAGAGUUCCAACCAGACAUUGUAGAUCCAAUCACACUAAAUAUUGGUGGUUCAGAGUAUCAAACAACAAAAGAGACAUUGCUUAAGGUUAAAGGAUCAUACUUUGAUAAACUAUUAAAAGGGGAAAUCAAAGCAACCAAUAUCAAUGAUAAAUCAAACUCUUUCUUUAUUGACAGGGAUGGAACUAAUUUUAAAUAUAUUUUAAAUUACCUUCGUACUGAAGAUCCACUUGAGAUUCCACAAUCAAUUUUGAAUGAAAUCGACAAAGAUUUGGCAUUCUAUAAAAUCUACAUUGAACACCUACCAUCCCCAUCUGUAAUAGUCGACCAAUAUCAAAUUGCCAACUUUUCUAAAUGGAUUGGAAAGAAAUCAAAUUUAACUCUUCUCUACAGGGGUACUCGUAAUGGAUUUAAAGCAUCAACAUUCCAUUCCUUGUGCGAUGGAAAAGGUCCAACUAUUACCUUGAUCAAAUCAGAUGAUCUUAGCAUUUUUGGUGGAUACAACAGUCAGUCUUGGAAUUCGGAAAACAAGUUCUAUGGUGACGAUCAGUGUUUUAUUUUCACUAUGCUCAAUCAUGUAGGAGUGCCACCAACCAAGUAUUAUUCAAAGGAUCAAUCAUAUGUCAAGGGUGAUCCAGACUCUGGCCCUAUCUUUGGGGCUGCUCAUGAUAUCAAUAUCAUUGAUCGUGCCAACAUUGCCAGAGAUGAUUUAUGUUAUCAAAGUUUCCCAUACUCCUAUUUUUGUUUAUAA